UGAAUCUGUUGGUGUUAAGUGUUCUACUUCAAGAAACAUUGUUAUGUCUGCUGGAAGAGAUAAUUAUCCAUCAUUGAUCUCUGAUUAUGAUUCAGAAGAGGAUUCAUUUUUGUUAACACUGAUAAAGGAUUCUUUUAGGUCAUUGAAAUCAUUAUACAUCUUCCUCUUAGAGCAGCCUAGCCAGCUGAAGUUCAUAGAGUGGCCCAGUUUCCAGAGCACGGUUAGGACGGCUGUGCUAACCCUUGUUCUUGUAGCUAUGUUUAUCGUUGCACUAUCCUCAAUCGACUCGGCUCUAUGGUAUAUAUUGGCAUUGGUUCUAAGAAAAGCGGCGUGAAUACUUAUCGAUAUAAUAUUCAUAAUUCUGUUUCAUGCUCAAUAUUUCGACACUAGAAUAGUCGGUCCCUUUAGUGUUGUUUCUUUUCACCAAUCAGACAUUUUGUAGCUUAUUUUGAAUUUGAAUUGUUACAUUCAAUUGUAGUAACAAAUUGCAGUUUCACUUAAUGGGGAAAUUGAAAGUAUUAAGAUAUGAUGUUUAAUUUAAGUUUUUGUACUUUUGUUAUCA